CAAAUUUGAAGGAAUGAAAACGACCCCAUUUCCAGUAAAACUGUUCAUUCUAUUCAAGCCUCAGUGUCACCUGUGCCAUUGAACCCAAGCUUCUCCAUUGUAAAUGAAUAUAAAAUUAGAUGGAAACUCGUUAUUAUACUGAACGAUCAAUACGUGAGAAAUAUUAAUAUUUAUGAUACAGAAAAGAACGAUUCUUCAACUUUACCUAAAUAAAAAUACUCAUAUUUAUAUUAAUAACAAACAUGAAGGUCAGCAUAAUAAUAAUAAUACUUGUAAACAAGGCUGCUCUUAUUGUUAGUCUUAUAAAAUUUUAAAAUCGCGAAUUUUACCGCUAUUUAUAAAAGCAACCAGUCAACAUUGAGGACACAAAUGGCGGAAGUGACGUUACAAGUCUUCGUGAAAAAGAGGUGAGGUUGAUAAUAAAGAAGCACAAAUUAUCGACAGAUUGAGGUAGUCUCUCGAAUUGUGAUAGUUGCCUCCAGUCACCUGAUAAUAACCUCCUGUCAAUUGCUGUCAAAUAAUUAAAAGUUAUUAUAUUAUUGUUGUGUUUGUUAUCGUCAUUAUUAUCAAUAUCAAAUGUCGAUGUUGUACGUGACAAAAUUGUAAAAAAAUAUCGUUGUUUAUGGCUAUCGAGCAUUUUUAUGCAUUUUAAUAAGGAUACUUUCAAUGGAUUCUAUCAGCUGAGACUCAUUUUUCACUAGUUGGCCUUGCAAUGAAAAAUGCAAAUCUACGUCUUGUUAUGAGUCAAUAAUACUAUAUGUGUGUGAUCUACACUUUUCAAUGAAAGUAGAUGAUGAAGUUUGCAAAAAAUUGACUAGUUGUAUGUUAUGUGAUGGGGUAUGUAAAAAUCUUUGUAAUAUGGAUCAUCACAUGGUCCUGCCUUGUAAAAGGCUUCAAUCUGUUUCCCCAAACAUCACCAAAACAAGUCCCGUGCGAUAAAACUAGGAAAGUAUUCACCGAUUCAUGGGGUGUUAUCAGUGAUGGACCUAUGGGGUCUAAUUAUACUCAAGAUUCUCAUUGUGAAUGGCUUAUUAAAGCAAACAAUAGUAGACAAUUUAUAACAUUAAUUUUCCGUACUAUGGGUACGGAGUGCAGUUAUGAUUAUGUUUUUGUCUAUGAUGGAGAUUCUUUUAGAUCACCUUUAUUAGGUAGUUUUAGCGGAAAAACCGAACCUCAGCAAGUAACAUCGUCAUCUGGAUAUAUGUUAAUUUUACUAUACAGUGAUACCAACUAUGUGUUAGAUGGAUUUCAUGCAGAGUUUUCCGUAACAGAUUGUCCAAAUAAUUGCACAAAACAUGGAAAAUGUAUAAAUAAUACAUGUUUUUGUGAAAAUGAUUGGGGAGGGAAGGAUUGUUCAAGAGAACUUUGUCCAAAUAAUUGUAAUGAAGCUGGAACAUGCGGUGUUAAAAGAUGUCAAUGUCGAAAAGGUUUCUCAGGACAGUCAUGUUCUUUGCAUGCCACUAACCCAGAUGGCAAUAGGUGGCAUUGGCUAUCUCAUUCGGAAAGCGGUAUGACUCCACGAGCAGCUCACACAGCAGUUUAUGACAGUGAAUCUGAUGCUCUUUAUGUAUUUGGAGGAUACAAUCUCAAUUACGUUCUCAGUGAUUUAGAAAUUUAUCGUUUUAACACAAGUCUAUGGGAAGAUGAGUAUGGAGCAGUAUUAGAAGGCGUAUCUGCAGCUGAAUAUUUAGAUCCUAUGCUUUUGGCAAGUGAAUUGGAGAGAAUUGGCACUGGAGCCGAAGAAAAAUAUGGCAUUUCAUCAAAUUCAUUUGUUUGGAAACUUCUUUACAAUAUUAAAAACAAUAGUACGUUUAAUUUGAGAGAUAAACCUUCCGAUACUGACCAACAUGGAUGGAGAGAAUUUAUCAGUCAUGAUUAUCGGAAUAGAGAUAAAAGCAAUCGUAAUACAAGGGGUAGUGAAUGGCGAACAAAUACUGAAAGGAUUGAAAGAAGACAUCGUAGAACUGUUGAAUUGAUUUAUUCUCAUCCAUUAUCGAUGAGAUACCGAAGAAAUUCUGAUAAUGAUGAAACUGGUGAAGAAUGGCAAGAGAGAAUGAUUGACAACACAACCUCUGAAACUGCAGAAAUUAAUGAUGACAUUGAUUCUAAUGAAAGAGAACCCUCUAAACCAAGUCCUAGAUAUGGUCAUGCAGCUUGUAAAUAUGAAGGAGGUUUUGUAAUUUAUGGAGGUAAAUUAACUAAUGGAUCACUAUCAAAUGAACUUUGGUAUUACAAUAUAAAAAGUAAAGCCUGGACUCUUCGUGCAAGAAAAUCAUCUUUCAUUCCACCUGCAUUAACGAGACAUACUUUAACGUUGGCUGAAGAUAGUAUUUAUUUGUUCGGUGGAAGUACAGUUGAUGGAGAAUUUUCUUCUAAUCUCUAUAGUAUAAAACUCAAUUUAUCAGAUCCGCUGGGAACAAAGUUUGAACAUUGGAAACAAGUUAGAGCUAGGGGUGGUAAAGAAUUAGAUGUAAGGGUCGUUGCACAUUCAACUGUAUACCACAAAGCAACUAAUUCUUUGUUGGUUUAUGGAGGAGUUGUCGCGAGUGUUGCCAGAUUCAGCAAGUUAUCUGAUCGGAUGUUUGUGUUUCAAUUGGACAGAAAAGUUUGGUCGGAAAUCCAUUAUCCUCGAGCGCAUUUAAGAGACACCUAUGUACCAAGAGAACGUGCAUUUCAUACUUGUAAUAUCAUUGGAAACUAUUUAGUGGUUUUUGGAGGAUAUUCUCAUAAACACAAUAAAGAAGAAAUUUGCUAUGAUAAUCAAAUGUACUUAUACCAUCUAGGGUGUCAUGUAUGGGUUAGUCAUGAAGUGUUUGGAACAAGUGACCGAGAAUCUGGUUACCCAAAACAACAAGGAGUAUUUGCUCAUGCAGCUAAUGUUAGAAAUGGUAACACCUUGUUAUUGGUUGGUGGAUAUCAUGGUAAUGUUAAUGCUGAUCUUUUAGCUUAUACUUUACCGCCAAUGCUUGCACCAGGGGAUGGUGAUUAUACAGAACCCGAACAUCUGUGUUUUAAACAUAAAACUUUCACUGAAUGUUCAGCUAAUCCUGAAUGCGGUUGGUGUUCAGCGGAUGAAAUUUGCUAUGGAAGAACUAUCGGUAGUAAUUGUACAACUAAUUUGCAAACUUCAAGAUGCCCUGGAGUAUGUCCGGCUUUAGGUGAUUGCCAUUCUUGUUUAAUUCAUGGUCAACCUGGUGGAGGUUGGGGUACAAAUUCUCGAGGUAAAAGUUCAAUUUCGAAUAAACUUAACUUGGGAACUUGUACUUGGUGUGUACAAAAUGCUAGAUGUCAUCAUAAAGAUGAUAAUUAUGGAGUUUGUGGCCUUCGAGAUGAUACCCUUUCCCAAAUACCUGGCUGGUGGGGUUCAAAAGGAACAGAAAUAGUUAAGGUUGAAGAAUGUCGUGAGAUGGAUAAACGUCCAGGACUAACGUUUCUUAAAUAUAAACCACCAGUUAAUUUUACCCAACCUGAUUCCGUUACUAUAGUAAAUGCUACGACAAUUGAUUUCAACGUGCCGUCCAUGCAAGGUGCUAAGAGUGAGUCUGGUCUUGGUGGAGAAAUGAUAGCUAGAUUAACAGGAUUCCUUAGACCACCUCAAGAUUUUUGGGAUGAAGCUGCAGAGGCUUUAAAAAUUUGUGUUAGCUAUAAUAGCGCUACUUUACGUGUAUCUCAUAAUAAUGAAUAUAAGCCAUUAGAAUUAGUUGCUAAUUUAACUGCAGAAACUUCACAAUGUAUUCCAACUAAAUGGCCAGAUGGUAAUAAAAUGUCACUACAACCAGGUCGAUAUCUUUUAGAUUUUGAAUCUAAACGCAUGGUCACAGCUAACUAUGCUUAUCCAAGUAAAAUGGAAAUAAUUCACAGUGGAAAAACAGAAAAUCCAAAAGUGUUCACAUUUGAAUACUUAGAACCUUUUCAAAAUGGCUCUUGUGAUCAAUACAAAAAUUGUCUUCAUUGUCUGACCGAUUCAUCUUGCGGUUGGUGUGAUUUGAAUAACAAAUGUUUAUCUAGAGAAAUCAACGAAACUGAAAGCUGUAUCGCCAUUAUCGAUCAAGAUCCAUUCACUGGUGAACCUAUUACUGAAUGGCGAUUUUUAACAAUCACUCCUUCAACAUGUGCCAACUGUUCUAAUUAUAUAUCAUGCGAGUCUUGCGUUAAUACCAAUCUUUGUGAAUGGUGGACAGAAGAUGCGAGAUGUGCCAGAAUUGGUAGAUUACCCAAUAGUGUUCUAAGUCUCGAUCAAUGUCCUGUACCUUGUAGACAAAGAUCUAAUUGCACUCAAUGUCUAGAAGAACGAGGAAGAUGUGUCUGGUGUGAAGCAACUCAAGAAUGUUUUUCUUUCUCAGUCUACACUUCUGAAUAUCAAUUUGGACUAUGUCGUGAAUGGAUGGACCAAGCUGGACUUAUGGGUGUAACAUCAAGAUCAGAACCAGGAUCAGGAAAUUAUCAAUGUAAAAGUUGUAGUAGACAUACUAACUGUACUAGUUGUUUACACUCAUUGAGUUGUGGUUGGUGUUACAGUUUGGAUAAUCCAAUCACUGGAGUUUGUGUCCAAGGAGACUUUAAUCGUCCUCACGUCAAUUGCAGUCUAGCGAUUAAUGAUUACGUUAAUGAAACAGCUUUAAUAAGUGAUUCUGGAUGGGCCUAUGCCCAAUGUCCAGAUGUUGAUGAAUGUGAUCUUGGAUUACACGAUUGUCAUCCAAAUGCAAUUUGUACCAACACUCAUGGUAGCUAUAGUUGUCAAUGCAAACGUGGAUUUAAUGGAGAUGGAAAGGAAAACUGCACCAAAACGUGCUAUGAAAAAUGUGUCAAUGGAUAUUGUAGUGAAGCACCAGACUACAAAUGUGAGUGUAAUCUAGGCUGGACUGGACCUGAUUGUCGAACAAACUGUGGUUGUUACAAUCACUCAACGUGUGUAAAUAGCGUUGGAGUUUGUGAUGAAUGUCAAGAUUGGACCACUGGUAAAUAUUGUGAGGAAUGUAAAGCAGGAAGUUUUGGUAAUGCAACCACAAGUUUAGGAUGUAGAAAGUGUAAUUGCAAUGAGCAUGGAGAUAAAGAGUUAGACUAUUGUGAUCGGCAAACUGGAAAAUGUUUCUGCAAAGACAAUACUGAAGGUGAAAUGUGUGAGAUAUGUAAAAAGGGUUACUAUGGAGAUCCAAGAAAUGGAGGAAUGUGUUACUACGGAUGUAUGUCUCGUGGAAUUCUUACUGGACAUAGCAAUGAUAAACAAGGUCUUGGAAGUAGACAUUCUCAACUGUCUCUGUGGGAAAGUCACCUAGCAGGAAGCCCAACACGAGAAUGUUUGUGGAUUGUUCGUCCACAAAGUGAAUUUAUGUCCGAGUCAAUGACGACAAGCAUACCAAGUAUAAUACAAUUUACUAUCAAUGAAGAUAUCAAUGUAAGUUGUCAAGAAAACAGUGUUUAUGUUUAUGAUGGAUUACCAGAUUUUGUGUCGUCAACGAGUAGCCAUCAAAGUCAAUUACUUGGCGUUUAUUGUACAGAGAGCACCAAUUACCCAGUAACCGUGGAAGCAAAGUCAGGUAUUCUUACCGUCCAUUAUAAACAGCUUGAUGAAAUUGAGGGAUUCAAUGCGAGCUACGUAACAAUGACUUGUGGCGAUAACUCUUGUCCUCCAAAUCGUGAAUGCAGGAAUGGAAAUUGUUUGUGUAAAAUUGGCUUUGUAGGAAUUAAUUGCGAUAUUGAAUUAUGUCCUAACAAUUGUACCUCUUCCAAAAAACAGGGAGUUUGUGAUAAGAGCUAUGGACAUUGCGUUUGCGCGGCUGGAUUCGGAGGACGUGAUUGUUCAAUAAAAUUAGAACCACAGCAGCUGGUAUUUACUGAGCUCUUUAAUUCUGAAUAUCUCGCUGAUAAUCUAGAUCAUUUACGCAAAACUCUACCAAGAUUUGGCCAUAGUUUAGUAGCAGAUCGUCGAGGAAGUCUCUGGAUGUUUGGAGGAUAUUCACUUAGUCAUGGUCCGUUGAAUGAUAUCAGAUUAUUUGACACAAAAAAUAAUACUUGGAUGCCUGUCACAGUCGAGUCGACAUCUGAAGCUUCCAUGCCUCAAGGCAGAUACUUUCAUGCAGCGGAAAUAGUUUAUAGUCGUCAGCAGAUUUAUGUUUACGGGGGAUUGUCAAUGAAAGAAGAAGGCAUAAACGGCUUAUCAAAUAAUACACUAAGCGACUUCUGGAAAUUCAGUUUACAGAACCAACGAUGGAGUCUAGUAAAGCCGAACCCAGUGAACAAAGUUCCACCACCACUUGCUGGUCAUACCUUAACACUCAGAAGGAAUGGAGAAUCAGAAAGUUUGAUACUAAUAGGAGGAUUUAGCCCCAAGUAUGGAUAUUUAGACAGUGUUUGGGAGUUUAAUCUUGAAACUGAAGUUUGGUCGACUUUUACAACCCGAGGCAAUGGCCCUCUAGGAGUUUAUGGGCAUUCCACUGUCUAUCAUAGCAAAUCUGACAGUCUAUAUGUUUUUGGAGGCUAUACAUAUUCAGUAAAUCGUACAUUCAUUUCAAAUAAACUUUAUGCACUUAAUUACAAAUCACAUUCAUGGUCUGUUCUUCCACCAUUUGAAGAUGAAUUCACUGAUGGCGGUAAUCUACCCCAAGCUAGAUUCCUUCAUUCAGCUGUUACAACUGAUGAAUACAUGGUUAUUUUUGGGGGUCGUCAAAAUCCCUAUAACGCUAAUGAUUCACUAAUAGCGUAUCAGUAUGCUUGUAAUUUAUGGAUUCGCUUAAUUACCAAGGAUACAGAAAUAAUUGGUACUCCUCCACCACCAGCAUACGCCCACGCAAUGACUCACGCUGAUCCUGAAGUAAACGCUAUUUAUGUUGUCGGUGGCUUCGAUGGUAGUAUUAACAGCCAUGUAACACAAAUAACCAUUCCUGAAGAUCUUUGUAGUUUAUGGACUGAAAAGUCAAUAUGUAGAAAAUAUUUUGGAUGUUCAUUUUGUUCUGUUGUCACAACUUCUGGUGAAAGUGCAUCAUAUUGUUUCUCAAAUCAGUUAUCUAAUAGAGAUGACAGAUGUGAUAUUAAUGUAACUCAAGCUCAACGUUCUAAUGGAAUUUUUUGUAACUAUGAAUGGCUUGCUAAUAGAAGGUGCCAAAAUUUAAAAAGCUGUACUGAAUGUCUAGCUCAAUGGCCAUAUUAUUCUGAUGAUGAAGAGCCUGUUUGUAAAUGGUGUACCAAUUGUCCACAUGGUAAAUGUAUUCCAGUUGACAAGGAUUGUGAUGAGCAGAAUAAAUGCAAUGUUAUACAAAUAUCCACAACAGAUGUAGAUCAAUGUGGAGAACGACAAUGUCCAGCAAGUGAUUGUGAAAAAUGUAAUAAUCUUGAAGAGUGCGUAUGGACUCGACAGAUUCUUAAAACAUCAGAAUUUGGAAUUAAAAUGACUAGUGAACCAAUAUAUGAUUGGAACUGUGUAUCAAAAGAUAUUUUUGAACGAUCAAGUAUCAAAAUGGCAAGUACCGAGUGCGAAAAACGAUGCAGCGAUCAUAAAGAUUGUACCAGUUGUUUAAAAGGAACAGGUUCUGAAGGUGGUUGGCAUGAAUGUAGAUGGUCAACACAAUUAAAUGAAUGUAUUUCACCAUCAUACCAACCACUUUAUUGUGCUGGUGGUGUCUGCGGAUUAGUUUUGAAGAAUUCAGAUGUUCAACAAUGCCCCGAACCAUGUUCUGCUUUUAAACAGUGUAGUACAUGUCUUAAACAUUCACAUUGUGGAUGGUGUUCUCUUGAUUCCGCCAAUUUAACGGGCCAGGGAAUAUGUACAGAAGGAUCUCUUGAAGCCCCUACUGAUCAUCCGGCUGGUGGUACUUGUGAAAUGCUCUAUAACCAACUUAAUCCGUCGACUGAGUUGCCUAUCACAACAACUUUAUUACCAUUUGAAUUGGAAAAUACGUACGAUGGGCAAACAAAUGAAACUUUGGUGACAAAAGAACCUACUCCACCACAAGUAUUUUCGUGGCAUUAUGUCCGUUGUCCUCCAGAAAAUGAAUGUAUCAAUGGUCACCAUACGUGUUCACCUAAAAGUGAAAAGUGUUAUGAUCGAGAAGAAGGUUUUGAAUGCAUGUGUGGUGAUGGAUAUAAAAAUGAAACAACUUGGUCUGUCAACGAAUUUAACAAAAAAACAUGUGUACCAAUGUGUACACAAGGUUGCGUAAGAGGAACAUGUGUUGAGCCAAAUGUUUGUCGAUGUGACUUCGGAUAUGUUGGUGCUAACUGUUCAAUUCAAUGUCAAUGUAAUGGUCACAGCAAUUGUGCAGGUCCAGACAAAUUGGAUGAAUGCAUAAAGUGUCAUAAUAACACAAUGGGACCACAGUGCGAUAAAUGUGAGCCACUGUAUGUAGGAAAUCCUGCUGAUAAUGGCCAGUGUGUUCCAUGCCUAGAAUAUUGUAAUGGACACACGCGUAUUUGUAUAAAUGAAAGCAUGACAGUAUCAGAUCCCAAUUCCGUUGAUAGGAUGUCUAUUGAAUUGCUUACCAAACAAUUGGUGGAAGGACCUGUAUCUAAAGCUAAGUGUGUUAAUUGCGGUAAUAAUACAAAAGGCGAUAAAUGUGGGGAAUGUGUCUCUGGCUACUUCAGAGGAACCGAGGAUCUUAGAGAUGUUUGUAGACCAUGUGAAUGCCAUGGACACGGAAAUACGUGCGAUCCAGUAACUGGUGAGAAAUGCAAUUGUGGGAAUAAUACAGAAAGCGAACCAUCAUGCACAAGUGGUCCAUCAAAAUCCUCGGUCACAGGCGGAACUCCAUGCUGGAUGUUACAAUGUAGUCGUUGUCGAGAAAAUUAUGCAGGUAACCCGACGAUGGGUCAUCAAUGCUACAAGACAGUAACUGUUGAUAACAAAAUGUGCUUCGAUUCGAAACUAAUCGAUGAGUGUAAGUUGAAGCCAAAACCGUUGAACCCAGGCCAAACAGUAUUUUAUAUGGUUCAACCUCGAUUUAUGAAUGUCGAUAUUAGAGUAAUGGUUGAUGUAACUCAAGGUGCACUAGAUCUAUUUCUAAGUCCUCGUGAUGAUUCAUUUGUUGUGACAAUUAACUCGACAACAGGUUAUCAGGAUGUUGAAUUAGACCGUCGAUUCAGAUGGACAAAAGAUCAUUAUGAUAAUUGGUUUGAUGAUCAUUUGCUUCAUCGUGUUCGUAUUGUUGAAUUUAACGCACACUAUCCAAAUGUCAACAAUACGACGGAAAACGAUCCAACUAAUUGGAACUCCGGCCCACAAUAUAUUGUAAUGGAGCGUUAUGCUGACAGUCUUGCAACAUUUGUUACAAUCGACCAUAGAAAUACAUUUCUUGUAAUAAGAAAUCUAACAAAUCGUUUGGUACUUACAUUACCACAAGAUAAGCAUGAAUUGGGCUCAACUAAAUUUCAUAUCGCUUUAAAAGCCAUUGAUACUCCUUAUCCAGAGAUAAAUGGUAGAGCAGCUUAUGGAAUGAUAUUCUUUCGACAAGACCAAUUACAUAUUGAUUUAUUUGUAUUUUUUUCUGUAUUUUUCUCUUGUUUCUUUUUAUUCCUGGCUGCAUGUGUUGUUGCUUGGAAAACGAAGCAAGCAGCUGAUUUACGACGUGCACGAAGAAGACACGUUGUUGAAAUGCUUCAUAUGGCCAAACGACCUUUUGCAUCAGCGACAAUACUUUAUGAUCGUGAUGGCAAUGAAUGUAGUCCAAGUUCGCCCCAGCGUAAAGGAAGGCGUAAUAAACUUAUCAAUUUCCAUAGUGACGUAAGACCAGUUGCGGUUGAACCUACUGAUGAUGGUGUUGCUGCUGUUGCUACUGUAUUUAUUCGAUUACCUGGUGGACAACAUGCACCUGUCAAAUUGGCACUUGGUAGUUCGUUAAUUCUAUUGACAAGAGUAUAUCCGGUUAACAGUCGGGUCUUUUUAAGACGUAGAAAUAGUCACGCCCUCAGUUAAUCUCUUGCAGCUUUUAUAUACUUUUUAUCUGUUAUUAUCUCGUUGUUACUUUACGCUGGUAUUAACAAUUUAAGAGAGAAGUUAUUCAACAUGUUAAAAAAGAUAAAUGUUGUAAUCAUCGACAGUUUAAGACUGAAUCACUGGUUUUUUUUUUUAAUUUUUUGUGUCAAUUAAAUGAUUUAUUUUAAAACUGUUUUUAAAUCAAUUUUUAAUGAAGCUCAAUUUUUUAUCAAAUUUGUUAAUAGUCAUUUUUUAAUGCAAAAGUAAGUAAAAAAUAGGAUUCAAGUUAGUAAAAAUGACGUAAAAAAUCAAAAUAUACAAAAUUUUUUAUAACUUCAAAAAUGCGUCAUCAAAAUAAUUAGAUAAUUAGAUUAUUGUUGAUGGUUAUGACAUUUACUCGAAUUAAAAAAAAAAUGUAUCGAUAGUAAUAGCAACAUUAGGAAUGAUAUUAUAUAUAAUAUUUAUCUCAAACUUUACCAUGACGAGACUGUAUGUUUGUAUAUACGAAAACAUUCUGUAAUUAUAUUAAAAUAUUUAAUAUUUUAUAACAAGUAUUAUGGAAAUAUUCGUUGAUUAAUGUUUAUCGAAACUGAAUAAAAAUAAUCGAUUUUUAGCUGAAGCUCAUUUGGAAACGUUUAUUAAAGUAAUUAAAUGAUUUACGAAAAUUUUGUAAAUAUAAUGUAUGUGUUUGUAAAUGAAUUACCAUUAUUGUAAAUGUGAAAACCGAGUAUGAUUAUGAAUCAUGAUGCAUAUCUGUAUUAUUUUACUCGCUGUACAGAUCUGAAUAUUAAAUAGAUAUAUUAUACAUGAAUAUAUUAUAAAUAAAUAGAUGAAUAUUAUAUUUUAAAUAUACACAACAAGUAUUCAGUUAACUAUACAAAAAUCUUCCACGUUAUUUUGCGUGAAACAUGCAAGUUAUAAAAAGUAAUUGUGUAUGUUCACCGUAAGCAAUAUUUUUUUUAAGCUAAUGUGAAUUUAAAUAAUUAAUAAGUAUCAUU